AUGAGGACUCUUCAGCUUCAGCUCGACUACGUUCUGGCGAGGAACAUUCCUCGGUCAGAUAUCCGAAAAUCUAGAGCUGUUUGGGACGUCGCGUUCGACUCUCCUCACCGAGGCUGUCUUCUCAACGCGCUCCGCGCCGAUGGAGUACCAGGAAAGUUCGUUCGCUUCCUUGAUGACAUGAAUCAGCGAACAACUGCUGCAGUUCGAACACAAGCCGGAUGUACAACACCGUUUGAAGUGGUAACUGGAGUAAGACAAGUGGCAGGACCUUUCCUGUUCAAUUUCGCAAUCGACGACAUUAUGCGAAGAACAGUCGACCAGUGUCCUGCCGACAUUGUCUUAGCACCAUCAGGGUGCCCCUUGACUGACCUCGAGUACGCCGACGAUGUCGUUAUAUUCGCGGAAAGCAGUACGAAAAUUCAACAUGUUGUCAACCUUGUAUCGAAGCUGGCUGCAGACUAUGGACUACGCCUACGCCCUGAUAAAUGCAAGCAGAUGUGGACCUCUUCGAGACUUUGA